AAAAUUUUAUUGUCACUAAAUUAUGGCACAAAUGUCUGUUGGAUUUUAUGAUAACAGUUUUUAUUGGCGACAUCAUUGGCUAGGGGUUUUCAGUUCCGCCGUCUAAGUCUAUUAACCCCACAGCAGAUCAUCCAUCAACAAGCAACGCCGCCACUGUGUCAAAGGACACUUUGCAACAUGAGCUUCGAUUAGCACCAAAGCAAGAAUUGGUAAUUGAUUGCGGUCGUAGCUGCUAUAAAAGACACAAACGAACAGCAGCGAACCGCAUUUCGAAGUGAAGAAGCGAGACACGCUCAAGAGUCAGCCAGCGGGAGCGCUUAGUAGCAGCAGAGCAUCCGCACGAGGCACAGCACCAUUUGCUGUUGUUGCAAGAGUGUAGCCAAGGGAGAGGAGAACACUUUGUGGGGGUAGAUUGUGUUGUGGCGUUUGGGUGCACGGAAAGGUGCUAGAAAGUGAAGAGCGCAAAGAAUUGCGGAAGCAAACGAUAACUGUGCGGAGUAGAAUUUAUGUGUGCGGAUGCAUAUCCGAAAGCGAAAGUAUUCUUAUCAAAGUAUUUGGCAAAAACACACAAAAGAGAAUAAUAGACACACGCUGCUGUAAAUUUAAGUGAAUUUAAUGGUCACAAAGCGGAAAAAUCAACAAAAAAUUAUUGCUAUAAAUGUUUAGCUAAUUAAAAGUUAAUAUUACAAGGAGUACGAAAUGCGGGUAUAAUGAAGUGUCAUACAAAUCUAGUGCAAUAAUAAUAGGAGCUACUUAAGAUAACCAACAGUGCAAAAAAAAUUAGAAAAAAUCGCCUAAGUCUACUUAAUUGCGGAUUACAACAAGGGGGGCGAAUUCACACAUUUAACAAAUGCCGGAUUGUGCACAUUUUAUUCGCAAAAAUUCUUUGAGGAGGGCAUAGCCACCUGUAAACCACCACCCACAAGCUGAGAGGACUUCACUAGGCACGCGCUUGGAAUUCGCAAUAAAUCAGUGACACAAACAGCGGCAGAGCGCUAAAGUGGAUUUAUUUAUUGUAUGUGUACAUAACCGCCUACUUGAUUACCGCUAGAAUUGUGAGCAGCAUACUAAGCGCUUGAAAUGUGUCCUCAACGCAUAUUACAGCCGCAAGUGAGAAAUUGUUAAGCUGUGCAAAAAAAAAAAAGAAUAAUCAACAAAGCUACGAACAUCUGGCAUGUGCAUAUAUAGUAUAAUAUAAUAUAACGCAUGGGAUAAAUCGUGAAUAACAUUUUUUAUCGCAUGGGAUAAUUUUGAAAAUAGGAGUAUUAAAUGAGAAAUAACUGCAAAAAUAAAUAUGUUGGUUUAGAAAUUUUACAACAACAAAACAUAUAAUAAUUAAAGAAAAUACAUAUCAAAAUAAAAACUAUUACUGUUUAAUUGUGGUGAAAAUAUUUGUAGGAAUUCAACAACAAGUAACUGAAUAAAAUAUAAAAGUGAAGCUGACUUGAAAAUUUUCACUUAAAGAGAGUUAAAUCAACUUUCAUGAGGUAAAAUAAAACAUAAACCACAAUAAAAAUAAUAAGAGACAAAAUUUUAGAACUAAAACUCCAAGAGUUGCUUACUCUAAAGCAUAUUUCUACAGAAUCAUCAAUACCAGCCAUAUAUUCAAGCACUGUCAUUGUUAUAGCACGUACGGACAAUCAGCUAUACAGUCAUCAAUAAAAGACAAGCGCUAACCGCUCAAACGUCCACCAAACACUAAAUCAACUAAAGCACAAUUGCAUUUAUUACUGCUAUUUACGCUUAGAACAACAAAAAAAAAUUGAUCUCAGAACAAAACGACUGCUAUUAGUUAUAAAUAUAAAUAAAUAAAAAAAAAUUAAUAUCUCCGUAAUACCAUUAUUAAUAGUGCAAUAAACAGCCGCCGACAUGUAUGGCAUGGUUUUAGAGUCCGUCCAACACUUCAUACAAGAGGAGUUCGGUGAAGAAAUCUGGCGUCAAGUAUGUCAAAUAAUCGAUUGCCGUCACAAUACUUUCAAGACCCAUCAGAUUUAUCCCGACACGUUAAUGCCUGAUAUAGCGGCCGCGUUGUCGGCACUUACCGGCAAGUCGUUCGAUUGGUGUAUGUCAUUCUUCGGCAAUUGCUUCGUGCGAUUUUUCAGCAAUUUCGGCUAUGAUAAGAUGAUACGUGCGACAGGACGUUAUUUUUGUGAUUUUCUACAGUCCAUCGAUAAUAUACACUUGCAGAUGCGUUUCACCUAUCCGAAAAUGAAGAGUCCUUCGAUGCAGUUAACUGAGGUGGAUGAUGAUGGCGCCGUAAUGGUUUAUCGUAGUGGUCGCACUGGGUUUUCCAAAUAUUUAAUGGGUCAGUUGACGCAAGUGGGACGCGAGUUCUACAAUUUGAAUGUGAAAUGUUCGGUAAUUGAAAGUCAAAAUGAUAUAAAUGGCGGUGUAGCUGGACCCAUCAAGUUGACGCACGAACCGUUAACAGUAAUUGUCAAAUAUCGUUUGGACUUUGACAAUCGUGAAUAUAUGGCCAAGCGUGUUAACGUCGUGGCACAUCCAACGCAACAAAUUUUGCCGAAAAUUGAUAUUGAUGUAUUUCUGGAUCUCUUUCCCUUCACCGUGUUACUGAAUCGUAAUAUGCUCAUUACAUCGGCGGGAGAAAAAAUUGUCGAUACUUGGAUACUACAUAAUCAGGGUAAAAAUCCGAAACAUUUUCUGGGUUCACAUCUAAUGGAUAUAUUCAAGUGUCGCCGUCCAAAAGACAUCAAAAUUACUUGGGAUCAAAUCAUACAAAUGCAUUCCGUGCUCUUCGAAUUUGAACUAAUGCGCACGGGUCGCAAUCAGGCAGCAUACGAUGCACUUAUGGAUCACAAUAUCGAGGAUGAAGUAAGGGAAGUAUUGAAUAGUAGUGAGGAGAAUUUGCUAAAUGUGGAUCAGAAGGAAGAGAUCGAUCCACUUACCGGUAGACGCAAGAUAUCACAUGGCAACAAGGCGAUUCUGUUAAAGGGUCAAAUGUUUCAUCUCAAAGAUAUUGAUUCACUGAUUUACCUAUGCAGCCCGCUAAUAGAAAAUUUAGAUGAAUUGCAUGGUAUCGGUCUAUUUUUAAAUGACUUGAAUCCGCAUGGAUUAAGUCGUGAACUGGUAAUGGCUGGCUGGCAGCAUUGUUCUAAAUUGGAAAUUAUGUUCGAAAAGGAGGAACAACGCUCCGAUGAGUUGGAGAAAUCAUUAGAAUUGGCCGAUUCAUGGAAACGUCAAGGUGAUGAGCUGCUUUACUCAAUGAUACCACGCACUAUCGCCGAACGUAUGCGUAAUGGUGAGGAGACAAUAUGUCAGUCUUUUGAAGAGGUCUCCGUUAUAUUCAUAGAAGUGAUGAAUAUUUACGCUGGCGAUACGAAUGACAUACGUGAUGCUAUGACCGCAGUGACCACACUGAAUACAGUAUUCUCGGCAUUCGACGAAGAGAUAACAUCACCCUUUGUGUACAAAGUGGAGACAGUUGGUAUGGUUUAUAUGGCCGUUUCGGGCGCACCCGAUAUAAAUCCAUUGCAUGCGCAGCAUGCUGGCGAUUUCGCUUUGCGUGUGGUGAAGAAAGUAAAGGCCUUAGAGAUACCAGACCUUGCUAUAAGGGUGGGCAUAAAUGCGGGACCAGUGGUGGCUGGUGUUGUGGGUUUGAAGGUGCCGCGCUAUUGUCUCUUUGGCGACACAGUAAAUACAGCUUCGCGCAUGGAAAGCAGCAGUGACCCAUAUAAAAUACAAUUAUCGAAUUAUUCAGCGAUGAAGGUGCGUGAGGCAGGCUAUAAAAUCGAAUCGCGUGGUUAUGUAAAGGUCAAAGGUAAAGGUGAAAUGGAAACAUUUUGGCUUUUGGACGGACCGGAUAAAUGAAGGAAGAAGUGAUAUGAAAAUGUACAAAUUAAUUAUACUCACGGAGUAUGCCAACUUUUUAUGUAUGUUUGUACUCGUAUGUAUGUACCUCUGUUUAACUUCUCUCUAAUGCUCAUAUAUUAUAUACACAAUUAUUUAUGUAUGCUUUAUAUGUGUUAUAAAUAAAUGUAAAAAAUCUUAUGGAAAA